GUAAGUCUUCUUUGAGGAAAAAAUUUGCUUUUUUCCAAAUAUAAAUAAAAAAUGCAAUUUUUCUGAUUUUUUUACUUCAGUCACUUUCAUAAUUGCUAGCACAUAUGUAUAUCUGUUAUGAGCAAUAUAUUUAUAAAAAAAUCUUGUAUUAAAUUAUAUACAACUUUAUACAAAUACAAUUUUUUGCGAUCAAACGCAAUAUUUUAGAUAUUUUUCCCCCGACUUUGGAUCUCAAAUUGCUUCGUAUGUCGCACAUGAAAAAGGUCGGAUCUAUUAUGAGAUUGAUUGUAUUGCGCUCUAUUUUCUUCAUAACUGGUUUAAUAUGUGUUCGAUUGGCCGAUUAUUGCCGUAAAUAAAAUAAUGUAGGUGGCAAGGGUUUUAAUUUAUCUUAAGACACACGCAAAAGCAUAUUUCAUCACGAACUUUGCUUAACAUAAUAUAUCCUUUUCCAGAGCAAAGAAUCUGAUAAAAAUAAAAGAAAAUAAAGAUUUGUUUCACCCAUCGCAAACUUUGAAAAUUUUGCUACGUGGUCAAACUAGCGAUCUAUUUUUUUACUCGAGAGGGAUAAACUGAUUCGCCUCGUCAUUUCAACGUGCGCUAGUCGAAAAUAUUGCGCGCGGAAACUAUGUCGACAACACUUCGCGAUGUAACGAACGUCGGGCGACAGUGAAAAUAUUUUCUACGAGGUACAACGGCUCACGGAAAAAUGUGUGCAACGCGGAGUAGUAUGGAUCGCUUCCUGUUUUAUUUGCACUAUUGAGUUGCGAGUGAUUUCCAAGUGGAUUCAACGGCAAAAAAUACAACGCAUAAAUUCGAGAUAUGAAACGACUCUCAAAGCGUCGUGUAUAUCACUUUGACAUGAUGUAAACAGACGCGCUGCAAUAUGACAUCCAACAAAACGUUGGUUACACAACUAAUUAAAAUAUGUUGCGGUUCCAUUACAUCGACGCAAACAACAUAGCCUCCCUUUUGCGGAAUAAUACCGCAAAAAAUAUCUUUUAUAACACAAAUUAUCAUCAUUUUCUAUUAAGUCUAAUCAUUCUACAACCGUGUGAGGCUUAAAUUAUGUAAUGACUUGAUAUACUAUGACAAAUUGUAAACUUUCUUACGUCUUACAAUUCUCCACGUCGUGGGAACAUGCAAGAAACAUGAUACAGCGCUUCUGCGAGCACUAAUUAAUUCAACGGUCGAUGACCUAUGAAUUGAGUCAAGAAAUUAGAAGUGUGAUGAGUUAUUGUUUUGUGACUGUCCGCUACUUUGUAUUAAUGAUGAAGGAAGAUUCAGUAGUGAAGGACAUCGUGUAUACUUUCAUCCCUCGACUUAGUUAUCAGAACAGAUUUAUUCCAACCUGAGCUUCCUAUAUGAGCAUAUAUGUGUCACCGGAUUAACACAUGAAAUCGUUAAACGUUCACUGACUCUGCGCGAAGAGCAUUCCAUUGAAUAUUUUUAUAUUACUCACAAGUUUUUAUAUACUCACAAGUGAUUAAAUUGCUGUUCGAUGGCAAUAUUGAUAGAAAAGAGUAAAAGUGGUUUUAUUAAUUAAAUUUAACGUUACGUUAUGUUACGGAAUAAAGCUCUUUCUAAGAUGGAAAAAGCAGUUAAUUGCAUCGAAUUUGCAAAUCCGCAAAGCCCUUUGUGCCAUAUGAGCACGUAUGUGCGAUUAGCCACGUAUUAGCCUUCGAGGAAAAUCGCGUAGCGUGCAUGAGAAUAUCCUGCAAAGCAUUUUAAAUGUGUAACGAGCACAUUCCGAAAUAAUAUUAUCUCGUCUAACGCACAUCCGGACACGAUCGAGCUAUAACCGGCUGAGAUAAACCAGUUUACGUUCGCGACGCUUUCGUGCGUCAUGUAUUACAUACUUGCAAUCGAGGCUCGGCGGGGGUUGAAACAGACCGAAAGAUUAAGGCAAUUUGCGAUGGAAAGAACGAUGGCGAGAGGAACGCCGCCCCGACAAUUAAUAUCAGCUAUAUUUCCGUCUCUGCGUUUCAACGAACGGAGAUAAACGAGUUUCCAAGUAUUACAGGAAACCACGAGGAUUAAGAUUUUUCUUCCUUUUCCUCUCUCUCUCUCUCUCUCCCUCUCUCUCUCUCUCUCUCUCCCUCCGUCUCUCUUCCUCCCUCUUUGCUGUACAUAAUUCUGCUCGUAGGAUGUAAAACUAUUGUCUCAAGUUAAUCUCAGUCCAUUCAGUUUUCAAGCUCGUAAUUUCCUUUAUUCCACGCAAUUUCUUUGUUAAUGCGCUGACUCCUCUCUUUUAGGUUUGUAAAUACACUCGCGAUUCUCCGACAUCGCUGUUCCGCAAAGAAAAGACAGAAAUAAACGGAUCGGCGAGGGCAGACAUGCUGAUGCAGUCGGAUAAUCUCACGAAUUGUCGGGCCGCGGCUUUCGAAGAAUACGUAUCUGGUGAUCGUAAAAAGUAAGAGACGAUUCGCUACCGCUUGCUUCGGAGAAUUGCCUCAGAGGACCUUUUUCGGGAUGCUCUGAUAUUGUCCCGAAUUGUUCGCCGAUUUCUAUGCAGGAAUGGGCGCAAUUAUACCACCGAUACGACGAGAUAAUACCUCCACAUUGUUAUGAGAAAUUGAAUGAAGUCCCACGGAUGCUGUCUUCUCUGCUCCAGAUUGCAAGGGGAAUAAUAGGGAUUCAUGCUGAAAGAAUACGAAAAAAGAUCGAACAAAUUUUACGCUAUGAGGGUCGCUAUCUUCACGCGCUGGCGCGAAACUCCCACCAUGAGCAUCUCCGGCACGCGCUGGUUUCGAGGGCGAUUCGGCAUUUCCACGCCAAAUCGAGUUCAGCUUUUUCCCCGGCACGGUGUGACGCUCUCCUCUUGCAAUUGUGUGAAAAAGGAAUACGUUCAAAGACACCCUGCACGAUCGCGUGUCAUCGUGGUGCGAUCAUCUCCGGAUCUCUAAGAUUGGAUUUUCGUUGGAUUUAACAGUUGCUGUCAACACGUGGACAAGGGUAAAGCAGCGAGCGGGUUUGAUUCGCGAGGAACUGCGACAAUUCGAUUCCUGAAGAAGUAUUGAUACCUGACAAUCGAACGGAAUACGUCGAAAUCCGCGAACAACGUCACUCGUAAUUCAAUAAUGAACUUUCGUGUCGAUACUAUCCGCGAAACAUUGCAAUUCUAUUCUCCGGAAUAAAUCAUGCGACAGUAUCAACAACGAUGACGCGAGAGACUUAUGAAUAAUUUCAUAACCUUCGACAAUACACGCAGAAAUAUUUUAUGUAAAUUUGACUUCUCAGUUUCGGCAUGAAGUCUCGAUCAUCGAUCUUACAAACGCGAAACCGAAUAUUUUUGCGAGUUCUGUUGGCCAAGGAGGAGCAAUAAAAGACGACAGGAUGAUUGCGGACCUGAUGCCGAAUGUCACGUGGACGGAGGAAAUCCUCUCCGAUCGACGGGACUCUCUGUACAUCGUGCUACCGAUCACAGUGAUUUACGCGGUGAUCUUUUUCACCGGCUUGAUCGGCAACAUCUCCACCUGCGUGGUGAUUGCACGCAACAAGUCCAUGCACACCGCCACCAAUUAUUAUCUCUUCAGUCUGGCGGUGUCGGAUCUGCUGUUGUUAGUGUCUGGAUUGCCGUCGGAGAUGUAUUAUAUAUGGUCGAAUUUCCCGUACGUUUUCGGCGAGGCAUUCUGCAUCAUCCAGAGCUUCGCCGCGGAGACCUCGGCCAACGCCACCGUUCUCACUAUCACGGCCUUCACGGUGGAGAGGUAUGUGGCGAUCUGUCAUCCCUUUAUCUCACACACCAUGUCUAAGCUGUCCCGGGCGGUGAAAUUUGUGGUGGUAAUCUGGCUGUUAGCCCUCUGCCUCGCCGUGCCACAAGCCAUACAAUUCGGCAUCAUCUACGAGGACAAAAACGGCACCAUCAUCCUGGACAGUGCCAGGUGCUCGACGCGAUGGACGCUGAUCGAGCACGCUUUCGUGAUCUCAACGAUUUUGUUCUUCGCGCUGCCGAUGACGAUCAUCACGGUGCUGUACGUGCUGAUCGCCAUUAAACUGCGACGCUCGAGUCUGCUGACCAGCACCGUUAGCAAAAGGCAUCGCGUACCCGGUGGAUUAAAUCAUGUGGACAGCAACAGAGGGAAGACGAACGCUCAAAAGAACGUCAUUCGCAUGCUGAUCGCAGUGGUGGUGGCUUUCUUCAUCUGCUGGGCGCCGUUUCAUGCUCAGAGAUUGCUGGCCGUAUACGCUCAGAGCAGAAAAUCUGAGCCGGAAGGCGCUUUAGUUCUAGUCUACACUACGCUCACGUACGUGUCAGGAGUAUUUUACUAUCUAUCCACUACAGUAAACCCGCUCCUCUACAAUAUCAUGUCCAACAAGUUCAGGGAAGCCUUCAAGUCGAUGUUGCCCAAGCGUUGCAUCAGGAAGUGCUCGUCCCACAGGAGUAACCGUCGACAGCCGAUCUACAGCAGCCUGUCGCGAUGUCAGAGGUCGAUGAGGCACCGCUUCGAGGACACCCAGCACUCGCCGUCGAUAUCUGUCAGUGACGAGCAGCAGCAGCGACUGACGCAUAUCGUGUUGGCGAACGCGAACUCCUGCGAGCCGAAUGAACUCGCGAAGUCACGGGAUGAGCAACAGGUGCGACCUGUCACCGCGACUGCUGUCAAAGAAUCUGCAGGCCGUCCUGAAUACGCGAGAAGUGUGUCCAGAAGCUCCAAUUCCAGCCAGCUCACCAUGAUGACGACAUUAAGUAAACAGACUCUCAGCAACGAGGGCAACCAUACCGCGAGCGAAUAUCUGCUGAAGAUACACAGAUCGCCGAAAGCUGUCACUUUAGCAGGGAUCCUCACGGAGAAACUCGGCCUCGGCACGAAGGGACUUUUCGCCGCAAAACACCGGAAAAAUCCGCCGAUCAACUCGACGAAGCCAAAAGUGGAGAACGCGUUACCAGCGUCGCCGCCGCCACGAUUUCAGAGCCAUCCAAGCAUCGAGAGCACCAACACGAUCAGCAACUCCAGUCUACAGGACCUCGACGAGAAUGAGUUCACCGGAUCGGAGUUGGCGCAAUACAUGGGCGAGCUGAACUGCGAUCUGGUCACUUGACAUUCGUUCUCCGCAGCGGAGCGUCGCCUUUCGAAUUAAAGGUAACGCAAAUGAUUCCUUGGAUGCCAUAUCCUUACACUCUCUUGUGUAAAUUCUCAAUAGAACAGUUCAAAGGUCGUGGUAGUAUGCGCUUUCACCUAUAGUGUUUGUAUACCUGUGUGAGAAUACGUAGCUGUCGAUCGAAGAAUUAAGCAAAUUACGAGUUUCGAUGCAACGAUGAAUUAAUUGCGUGCCGGACAAUGCACAAAACAGUUGCAUCAUUGGAACGAAUUGGCGCGGAACGCGCGACGCGACCAGUGAGAGAUUAUCGCUGGAGGGGACGAAGUGAACGGAAUUGAUCCAACAUGUCACGUAAGAAGAGUUACAAAUAACAAACUAUGAGAAAAUGAAAAAGAAUGUAAACGUUAUUAAAAUCGUCUACGGUUCUCAGACUGAGCGGAACGGUUUACGCGCGUCCGCGAUUUUAUGGAAGCAGUCGAACCAGAAAUUGCGACAUGAACAAAACGAAAAAACCCACACAGGUGAGUGUUUAAUAUAGAGAUAAAAAUACGUACGUUCGCGUACGUUCAUAUCUCCCUGUCCAGUAUGGCUGUUAAUAACGCUAGUCGUCUGUUAUAAGCGCGGAGAAAAAUUCAGCAUUAAGCUUUCACAAAAAUAUAAACAUGAACGAUGGACAUAUUCUCUGAUACGAUAGUGAGUAAAAAAUAAAACUGUUAUCAUAUGAUAAAACAUCCUGAUUUUUGUUUGUAAAACCUUAAGAGUGUUAGAUUAAUUUUUCUUUCUGAUAAUGAUAAAAUUAAUAAUGAUGAUGAUAUAAUAUUACGAUGUAAUCACGUAAAGUGUUCUGUUAAGAUUAUAUCAUGUUGAUGCAAUGUAUAAAAUAGCUUGUUUUAUGUCCGCCGCUGAUCUUUAUAUUUUGUAAUUAAAUGAAAUAUAUAAGAGAGAGAAUUUUAGCGUACGCUAAUCGUAAUUGAAAAUUUAUAUAGGAUAUAAAAGUCUGUGUAACUUAUUUAUUUUUUUCAUCUUAUGCGACGCUAAGAAAAUGUAUCAACUUGUAUAAAAUUAUUUCGAUGGCGCCAAUAAAAAUCGGUAUUUUGUAAGAAAACUUUUAUAUAAUAGUUUUCUAAAUUUUUUGUUCAUCUUUUACAGUAAAACUAGAAUAUUAAAUAAAUGCUAAUCAGAAUUACCAUUUUUUCAGAUAGAUUAUUAAUAAAAUAAUAUUGCAAAAAUUAGCAAUAUCCAAAAAUAUAGUCGCAACUUUUUUAUUGAUGCCAUCGAUUUAUAUACAUAAUUUCGAAUAAACUUCGGGAUUUAUUUUUAUACAUAUAUUAUUUCAUGACGAUAAUUUGAUCGACGAUAGAUGCAUCUGAGCCAUUUAUUGCAUAUACGAAAGCUGUACAUAAACAUGCAUAUGCAUAUAUCUUGCUAAGUAAAAACGUAAUAGCUACUUAUUUCAAGAUAUUCCAAUAAGUGCAUAAUGUUAGGUUUUGCUAUCUUAAAGAAUCAUUUAUGAAAAAUUAUUUUUGCGAUAUAUUUUUUUAGAUUACAUCGAAAAAUGCUUUUAUGUUUAUCAUAGAAAAACAAUGAUAAAGCAUUUUUCUCUGAGGGGGCUUAAAGAAGAAAGUGUCUCUUAGAGUGUCGAUGUAAAAUUAAAUCAUGUUUAUUCGAUGGAUCUUAAUCUCUUUUUACGCUUAUCAUAUAGCGAUAUCAGUUGUUAGAUUGCAGAGUAACCGGCUAAAACUACUCCGAAUUAACACAAAUUUUUUUUACAAAACUGUAAAAAUUUAGAAAAGAGCAACAUUGAUAUAACAUGAAAU